UGUUUUUUUCAAAAUAUGGCAAAGGUUCAGGUGAACAAUGUAGUGGUGUUGGACAACCCUUCUCCUUUCUACAACCCUUUCCAGUUCGAAAUCACAUUUGAGUGCAUAGAGGACCUGUCGGAAGGUGAGUACCGCUCUCCGGACGCGGGUUCCGCGGCCCCGAGCUGUCGGAUGCGGGGCCCUGAGGGCUCCCCUCGGCCCGGGCCUGCUCCCGCCGCCGCACGGCUCUCCUCCCCGCAGAGCCGUGCCGCCACGCGAGGAUGCGGAGCGACCGCGGGGCCGCCCGGCCCGAGCCCGGCGGGGAAAGUUAGCGGCGGAGCCCUGGCUUCGGGGUCUCGGCUCCGGGGCCGCCGCUCCGCUUCGCUCCCCGCCGCGCCAUCGUUGAGGCCGCCUUCAAGUUGCGAGGAACUUGUUAGAGUGGUGGUAGCCAUGUUGCCAGCUUUGUGUGUGCGUGGGGGGGCAGAGCGGGAGCGGGCGGACGGGCAGGGCGCCGCGCGGCCCCGCGACGCGGGAGCGGAACUGUUGCGCGGUCGCACCGCUGCGCCCGGGCGGUACCCGCAGCGCGGGCAGCGUUUCGGAGAGAACGAUUUGGAAUGGAAGAUAAUUUAUGUGGGUUCAGCUGAAAGUGAAGAGUAUGACCAGGUGUUAGACUCUGUUUUAGUAGGACCUGUUCCUGCAGGCAGACACAUGUUUGUAUUUCAGGCUGAUGCACCUAACCCAGGGCUUAUUCCAGAUGCAGAUGCAGUAGGUGUAACAGUUGUGCUAAUUACAUGCACCUAUCGAGGUCAAGAAUUUAUUAGAGUAGGCUACUACGUAAACAACGAAUAUACUGAAACAGAACUGAGAGAGAAUCCACCAGUAAAACCAGACUUUUCUAAGCUUCAAAGGAAUAUUUUGGCAUCUAAUCCUAGAGUCACAAGAUUCCACAUUAACUGGGAGGACAACACUGAAAAACUGGAAGAUGCAGAGAGCAGUAACCCAAAUCUACAGUCGCUGCUUUCUACAGAUGCAUUACCUUCAGCAUCAAAGGGAUGGUCAACAUCAGAAAAUUCAUUAAAUGUUAUGUUAGAAUCUCAUAUGGACUGCAUGUGACUAACCACCACCAUUUUGGUACUGUACAUGUAUUAAACUGUAAAAACAACCAGAACUAUUUCCCUCAGUUUCCCUAAGUAUAUAGUUGACAAGCAAUGUGAAGAACUUGUUUUAAAACAUCCUGUAGAAAGUUUAUAAAAAACAACAAAAAAAACCCAAAAAACAGUAUUUGAGCAAAUUGUGGAAUAUAAAUACAGAUAUUUUUAAGUAAUUGCUUUUUUUUCUCUAACUUGUUACUCUGUUGGUCUGAAUUGAACCUUAUUAAAGUAUGCAUAUUCUUCC